AUGUCCCCAAUCCCUCACGAACCAGAAUUUCAACAGGCUUACGAGGAAGUCGUCACUUCCUUGCAAGACUCGACUUUGUUCGACAAGCAGCCUAAGUACAAGAAGGUUUUGCCUAUCGUUUCCGUCCCAGAAAGAAUCAUCCAAUUCAGAGUUACUUGGGAGAACGACAAGGGUGACCAAGAAGUCGCUACCGGUUACAGAGUGCAAUACAACUCUGCUAAGGGUCCAUACAAGGGAGGUCUACGUUUCCACCCAACCGUGAACUUGUCGAUCCUCAAGUUCUUGGGUUUCGAACAAAUUUUCAAGAAUGCGUUGACCGGCCAGGCGCUAGGUGGUGGUAAAGGUGGUCUAUGUGUCGACUUGAAGGGCAGAUCCAACAACGAAAUCAGAAGAAUCUGUUACUCUUUCAUGAGAGAGCUAAGCAGACACAUCGGUCAGGACACCGACGUGCCAGCUGGUGACAUCGGUGUGGGUGGCCGUGAAGUUGGUUUCUUGUUCGGUGCCUACAAGUUGUUCAAAAACUCCUGGGAAGGUGUUUUGACCGGUAAGGGCAUGAACUGGGGUGGUUCUUUGAUCAGACCAGAAGCCACUGGUUACGGUUUGGUCUACUACACUCAGGCCAUGAUCGACUAUGCCACCAAGGGUAAGGAAUCUUUUGCUGGCAAGCGUGUCGCCAUCUCCGGUUCUGGUAACGUUGCUCAAUACGCCGCUUUGAAGGUCAUCGAGCUAGGUGGUACCGUUGUGUCUCUCUCCGACUCCAAGGGUGCUAUUAUUACCGAAUCUGGUAUCACCGCUGAACAGGUUGAGGCCAUCAUCGGCGCCAAGGUUGAAUUCAAGACUUUGCAACAAAUCAUCGGCGAGUUCUCUGCCUUCUCCAGCAACCAAGUCAAAUACGUUGCCGGUGCCCGUCCAUGGACUCUAGUUGGUAAGGUCGAUGUUGCUUUGCCAUGUGCCACUCAAAACGAAGUUUCCGGCGACGAAGCUAAGGCUUUGGUCGCCGCUGGUGUCAAGUUCGUUGCUGAAGGUUCCAACAUGGGUUGCACCGCUGAAGCCGCUCAUAUUUUCGAAGGCGACCGUGUGUCCGCCAAAUCAGCCUCUGAACCUGCCGUCUGGUACGCUCCUGGUAAGGCCUCCAACAUGGGUGGUGUCGCCGUGUCUGGUCUCGAAAUGGCUCAAAACUCUCAAAGAAUGACUUGGUCCAGAGAACAAGUCGACCAAGAACUUAAGAAGAUCAUGGUCAACUGUUUCAACGACUGUUUGGAAACUGCUCGCGAGUACUCCAACGAAAGUAAUGCCGAAGCUUUGCCAUCUUUGAUCAAGGGUGCCAACUUGGUUGGUUUCAUCAGAGUUGCCGACGCCAUGUUCGACCAAGGUGACGUCUUCUAA